UCUGCAGCCACCUGCUCGCUGCCCCCGUCCCCUCUGGCCCCUCGAGGCCCCCGCUUCUGCCUGUGUUGUGACCCCCCCAGCCGCAGGCACGGCCCCACCUCCGCUGCCCCGGUGGUGGCCCACGGCCCCCCGGCUGCCCGUGGUCAAACUGGAGUCAUUGAAACGUUGGAAUGAAGAGAGGGGUUUGUGGUGCGAAAAGGGCGUUCAGGUACUGCUGACCACCGUAGGCGCCUUCGCAGCCUUUGGACUCAUGACCAUCGCCAUCAGCACUGACUACUGGCUCUACACACGCGCUCUCAUCUGCAACACCACCAACCUCACCGCGGGUGAGGACGGACCGCCCCACCGUGGGGGCAGCGGCUCCUCGGAGAAGAAGGACCCUGGGGGCCUCACACACUCAGGUCUCUGGCGGAUAUGCUGCUUGGAAGGGUUGAAAAGAGGUGUCUGCGUGAAGAUCAACCACUUCCCGGAGGACACGGACUACGACCACGACAGCGCGGAGUACCUGCUCCGAGUGGUCCGGGCCUCCAGCAUCUUUCCGAUCCUGAGCGCCAUCCUGCUGCUGCUCGGGGGCGUGUGCGUGGCUGCCUCCCGCGUCUAUAAAUCCAAAAGGAACAUCAUCCUGGGCGCGGGAAUCCUGUUCGUGGCAGCAGGCCUGAGCAACAUCAUCGGGGUCAUCGUGUACAUAUCGGCCAACGCGGGCGAGCCGGGCCCCAAGAGGGACGAGGAGAAGAAAAACCACUACUCGUACGGCUGGUCCUUCUACUUCGGCGGGCUGUCCUUCAUCCUGGCCGAGGUGAUCGGCGUCCUGGCCGUCAACAUCUACAUCGAGCGCAGCCGCGAGGCGCACUGCCAAUCUCGCUCGGACCUGCUCAAGGCCGGCGGCGGCGCGGGCGGCAGUGGCGGGAGCGGCCCCUCGGCCAUCCUCCGUCUGCCCAGUUACCGCUUCCGCUACCGCCGCCGCUCCCGCUCCAGCUCCCGAGGCUCCAGCGAGGCGUCGCCGUCGCGGGACGCGUCUCCCGGCGGCCCCGGCGGCCCGGGCUUCGCCUCCACGGACAUCUCCAUGUACACGCUCAGCCGCGACCCGUCCAAGGGCAGCGUGGCCGCGGGGCUGGCGAGCGCCGGGGCAGGCGGCGGCGGCGGCGUGGGCGCCUACAGCGGGGCGGCCGGAGGCACGGGGGGCGGCGGGGCGGGCGCCGAGCGGGACCGCGGGGGCGCAGCUGGCUUCCUCACGCUGCACAACGCCUUCCCCAAGGAGGCGGCGUCUGGCGUCACGGUCACGGUCACCGGACCUCCCGCUGCGCCCGCGCCCGCGCCGCCCGCUCCUGCAGCGCCCGCGCCUGGGACCCUGUCCAAAGAGGCCGCCGCGUCCAACACCAACACGCUCAACAGGAAAACCACGCCCGUGUAGGGGCGCGCGCCCUCGCGGGGAGCCGGGGGGCGCGUCCGGGGCGCGUGCGCGGGCGCGCGUGCAACGAGGCCACCGGAUCGGGGUGCCCCCCAGCUCUAUCCCCGCGAGCUCGCUGGACACCGCUGGGCCUUCUAGCCCCUCCCCGCGCCCCUCCGCACCCUCUACC